CGGCGGAGGCGGCGGAGGCCAGGGAGGAAGAUGUCGUAAUGAGCGAUGACCGGUAAGGGGAUCUUAACCCUUGACUUGGUGUUGUCAGCACCACGCUCCCCCAGCAGAUCCACAGACCAGCAUGGCUGCCACUGCUGCCGUCAGUCCCAGUGACUACCUGCAGCCCGCUGCCUCCACCACCCAGGACUCCCAGCCAUCUCCCUUAGCCCUGCUUGCUGCAACAUGUAGUAAAAUUGGUCCCCCAGCUGUUGAAGCUGCUGUGACACCUCCUGCUCCCCCCCAGCCCACACCACGGAAACUCGUCCCUAUCAAACCUGCCCCUCUCCCUCUCAGUCCCAGCAAGAAUAGCUUUGGAAUCUUGUCCUCCAAAGGAAAUAUCCUUCAGAUUCAGGGGUCGCAACUGAGCACCUCCUAUCCUGGAGGGCAGCUAGUGUUCGCUAUCCAGAAUCCCACCAUGAUCAACAAAGGGACCCGAUCAAAUGCCAACAUCCAGUACCAGGCAGUCCCUCAGAUUCAGGCGAGCAGUUCCCAGACCAUCCAAGUGCAGCCCAAUCUCACCAACCAGAUCCAGAUCAUCCCUGGCACCAACCAAGCCAUCAUCACCCCCUCACCGUCCAGUCACAAGCCUGUCCCCAUCAAGCCAGCUCCUGUCCAAAAGUCAAGCACAACCACUACCCCUGUGCAGAGUGGGGCCAAUGUGGUGAAGCUGACAGGUGGGGGCGGCAACGUCACGCUCACUCUGCCUGUCAACAACCUGGUGAAUGCCAGCGAUGCCGGAGCCCCCACUCAGCUCCUCACUGAAAGCCCCCUGACCCCACUGUCGAAGACUAACAAGAAAGUGAGGAAGAAGAGCCUGCCUGCCUCCCAGCCCUCUGUGGCUGUGGCUGAGCAGGUGGAGACGGUGCUGAUUGAGACCACUGCAGACAACAUCAUCCAGGCAGGAAACAACCUGCUCAUUGUUCAGAGUCCUGGCGCAGGCCAACCAGCUGUGGUCCAGCAGGUGCAGGUGGUGCCCCCCAAGGCCGAGCAGCAGCAGGUGGUGCAGAUCCCCCAGCAGGCUCUGCGGGUGGUGCAAGCAGCAUCCGCCACCCUCCCCACCGUCCCCCAGAAGCCCUCCCAGAACUUUCAAAUCCAGGCGGCUGAGACGACGCCUACUCAGGUCUAUAUCCGCACAUCUUCUGGUGAGGUGCAGACGGUCCUUGUCCAGGACGGCCCUCCAGCAACAGCCGUAGCCACCUCCACCACCACCUGUAGCAGCCCUGCAUCCCGGGCUCCCCAUCUGAGUGGGACCAGCAAAAAGCACUCUGCCACAAUUCUUCGAAAAGAGCGUCCCCUGCCAAAAAUUGCCCCUGCUGGGAGCAUCAUCAGUCUGAAUGCAGCCCAGCUGGCGGCAGCUGCCCAGGCAAUGCAGACCAUCAACAUCAAUGGCGUCCAGGUCCAGGGUGUGCCCGUCACCAUCACCAACACUGGCGGGCAGCAGCAGCUGACGGUGCAGAAUGUUUCUGGGAACAACCUGACCAUCAGCGGGCUAAGCCCCACCCAGAUCCAGCUGCAGAUGGAGCAAGCUUUGGCUGGAGAGACCCAGCCCGGGGAGAAGCGGCGCCGCAUGGCCUGCACGUGUCCCAACUGCAAGGAUGGGGAGAAGAGGUCUGGAGAGCAGGGCAAGAAGAAGCACGUGUGCCACAUCCCCGACUGUGGCAAGACUUUCCGCAAGACGUCCUUGCUGCGGGCCCACGUGCGCCUGCACACCGGUGAACGGCCCUUUGUCUGCAACUGGUUCUUCUGCGGGAAGAGGUUCACACGGAGCGAUGAGCUCCAGCGGCAUGCUCGCACCCACACAGGGGACAAACGCUUCGAGUGUGCCCAGUGUCAGAAGCGCUUCAUGAGGAGUGACCACCUCACCAAGCAUUACAAGACCCACCUGGUCACGAAGAACUUGUAAGGCCAUCUGCGGUGGGAGGCCCCGAAGAUGCAAUUCCCAUCUGUGCCCUGCCUGGGCCCCUGGCAGAAAGGAGCCCCACGGCUGCCCAGUGCCCACCCUCAGCCCCCUCCUGGCCUGUGACUGUGUCCCCACAGGAAAGAGCGCUGCUCCUGUACUCUCCUCCUCCUGAAGCCCUGUGGCUGCACCUGGCCCUUCCCUUCCCACCACAAGCUCCUGGCCUGCCCUGACCAUGGACACUUGCCGUGCCCAAUGAGACGUUCUAAACCAGGACGCCUGGGAACCCUUAUUUCCAAAGGAAAACAUACAUUUCACUCCGUCGAGGAGCAAAGUGAGCCCCCACACUCCCUAUCCCCAACACUGCCGGAGUUGCAUUGUGCCAUGCCCCCUGCCCCCAGCGCCUCCCUGGCCCCGCCGGCCACUGUGGACGCCCAGGGCCCUACACCCAGGGCUCCCUCUGGCACCCACCUCUGGAGAAGGCAGGAGGCCACCUCCACUCCAUGUACCCCAGCCCUGCCACACUCUCCUCCAGCACAUUCCAACUUUCUAUUUAAAAAGUAAUGAUUGAUGCCCACGGACUCCUCCUGAUUCCCUCUUUUUCUAUGGAGAACGUUGCCUUAUACUCUCUACUUCAGAUGAUGAACACUGUGUACUGUGUGUGCUUUAAAGAGGUUUUAUUUAAUUGCUCCCUUCUUCCUUUCCUCCUUACUCACCUCCCCCAUGCCUGCUUUCAGUUCAGGGUUCUGGGGGGCAAUGAUGAGCAUAUGAAUUUUUCUGUCACUCUAGUAGUUCUCUUUUCUAAAUGCCACAGCAUUUCAACUCAUAUCUGGAUUCAGAUAUAAACACCUUCACAUCCUGAACCCCCUCUCUGUCCCCUUCAUCUCACCCACCCAGCCCAAGCUCUACUUGUGUACAGUGUAUAUUGUAUAAUAGACAAUUGUGUCUACUACACGUUUAAAAAAACAUAUUGCUUGUUAUUUUUAAGGCUUUUAAAUUAAACAAAAAUCCAACUUUAUUUUUAGUUGUAACUGCUUGAGGUAUGUUUUAUGAAUUAAGUGACAGAUUUGUUAUCCUUUAUUAACAGUGUACUUUGUUGGUCAGUGCUGGGCUGACAAAAAUUUUUUUCUUGCUAAUAAAUUUAGUUGCCUGAGGCAAAAUCUGCAA